AUGCGCUUUAAGACGCGUCGAUUUCCAUUUCCCAGAACUUUGCAAAAAGUCCUGUCAUUGUGUCCAGAUGCGUCGCACAUUAUCAGUUACGACAAAAAGGAGGGUGGCUUUAACAAAGUUCUUAUAUUUCUAAUGAAUAAUGGGAAACGUAUAGUAGCACGCUUGCCAACCCGAGUUGCAGGUCCUUCAAUUUUGACUACCAAUUCUGAAGUAGCAACCAUAGCAUACGUGAAAGCCUAUACAACAGUUCCUGUACCUCAUAUUCUAGCUUGGUCAGAUGACUCAAAGAAUCCCAUUGGCAGUGAAUACAUUAUUAUGAAGCAUGUCGAGGGUGUGCAAUUACAAGAGAGAUGGUCUACUAUGUCUGGAAGUCAAUAUACGAAAUGUGUUCAAUCCAUUUGUAUGACAAUGAAGCAAUUAGCAGCCCUUGAGUUUCCUGCAUACGGGAGUAUUCAUUUUGAAAAUGCAUCAUUCGAUUCGACAUUGAAGAUACCUUUUGGCAAAGGUUUCUGUAUUGGACCGCACUGUUCGACUACAUACUGGGGUUGCAAUACAAGCGAUACAGGGAGAGGAGGAAUUACAGCCCCCACAGGACCAUGGAAAGAUCUUGCAGCUUAUUCGUUAGGACUAAUUGCUAAUGGACAUUCCAAACUUCCAUCUUCCGAUAUUCAUAUAUCACGGCCUUCCUACUUCAGUACAAUAAAAGAACAUCAGAGUCUGUUAGAUUCAGCUCAAAAUAUCCUUCAGAAUUUGACAACGCAACCACAAAUCAAGCAUGCUUCGGCACCAACUUUGCUACACGCAGAUUUACAUGCUAGAAAUAUAUUUGUUUCGGAUGAAGACCCGACUUUAAUAACAUGUCUUAUUGAUUGGCAAUCGAGUUCAAUUGAACCUGCAUUCAUCUAUGCAAGCGAAGUUCCGGAUUUUGCAACAUCUCCCGAUUUUCAUGACAAACCCUCUUUAUCCGAAAAAGAUCUUAAAAUGGAGAAGGUAGCUUCAUACUGCAAUCAGGCAUAUGAAAUUUGUAUGAAGGCUUUUAUUCCUAAGUUGCGGGUAGCAAGAUCAGUUAAUCAGUCACUUAUUCGGCCAUUCCAAUACUCGAAUACCUCCUGGAGGGAUAGUGCAACUGCAGUGCGACAGGAAUUCCUUGAUCUUGCAGAGAACUGGAACGACUUGAGUCUAGAUGGCGAAUGUCCUUAUAAGCCUUCUGACAAUGAGCUUGAGAUACACAAGAAAGAAUACAAGGCCUUUCAACAUGUUCAGGAGCUCAAAUUGAUGCUUAUAAGAUUGCUAGGCACCGAUUCUGAUGGUUGGGAUGAGGUGAAAUAUGCUCACCGAGAAGUCUUUCUCGCUUUAAAAACUGCAAGCGAAAAUAAAGAUGAUACAAUGACAGAGCAGGAUGUAAAGGAGUUGUGGCCCUUUGAUGAUUGGAAGUUUUGA